AUGUUUUCCUGUUGAACUCGAUACAUUGAGCAACAUGGAGCAACAUUGAGUACUGUUGCUGUUGAGUACACACAAGUACACAAGAUAUAAACGAGAAGGAAAAUCUGUAAUUAUCCAAAAAUCGUACAGAGUGCCUAUACAUAAAAGUGUAACAGCAUGUAACAGUCACUGACAAUGUUCGGUUGUCAGUGAUUGUUUGCAACAGAAGCAUCGAAGUGAUGGACAGUGAGGAAAUUAUGUCGGACCAUGGAUUGUCCUUAGAGGAAGCACCAGUCUCUCCAGAUAUGUUCAACGAUGAAAACAUGACAAGUAACCCUUUAACUUCUGACGAUUCAAGUUCCUUGUCAAUCGAUAUAAAUGAACCAGAACCUCUGAACAAUGUUCCUGAAUGGAAAGGUGUAAGUAUGGAUGAAAUAUAUAAAGGAGCAGGUGUGUACGGUUCCCAGGAGUUGCCACCUAUUUCUCCUUCCGAGUCUCACGCAGUAUUAAUAUCGUUACCAAUGCCUGUACAUGGAGUACCAAAACCAUAUCCUGCGCAUCCGGUAGACAAAUGGUCUCCAGACUAUGUACGAAUGCCAUGCUCAAAGCAUAGUAUGUAUCCAAUAGACGAGAACGGAUCUCGUCGUUGUCAAAAUAGAUGGGAAAUAAUCCAACAGGCAUUGAUCCAGAAUUUUGUUUCAACUCACCAACUAGAAGCUGCAAUACUCUCUUACAAUCAUUUGUAUGCGCAACGUUGGGACUUUAGCACGUUACAUAUUUUCUUCUCUGAGGUACUCGAUGAGGAAGAAACACGGAGUUUCUUCGAUACGUUGUUGCCAAAAAUGGUUCAACUUGCUCUGCAACUGCCUGUUUUGGUAACUGGUCCAGUGCCCCUUUUAAAGCGUCACACUAAUCGAACCAUAAGUCUUAGCCAGUUACAAAUAGCCUCAUUGCUUGCUAACGCAUUUUUCUGUACAUUUCCAAGACGUAAUUCAACUAAUCCGCAAUCUGAAUACGGAAGAUAUCCACACAUCAAUUUCCAAAAAUUGUAUUCACAAUGUAGAGGAAGAAACUCUAAUAAGCGUGGAUCGUUAAUGGAGAAGAUAAAAUGUAUUUUACAUUAUUUUAGGAGAGUAACGUGUAAAGCCCCGGAAGGUGUAGUUACAAUACAACGGCGUUAUAUUCCAAUCUCGAACUGCCCGAAAUGGGAGGAACAAGUACAAACACUUUUACCGUUACACAUUACCAGUAGAGGUACGAUAGAAAACGGGAAAGGACUCCUGCAAGUAGAUUUCGCUAACAAGUUCGUAGGUGGUGGUGUUCUCAGCCGAGGAUGCGUGCAAGAAGAAAUAAGAUUCGUGAUCUGUCCAGAAUUGCUUGUAACGAUGCUCGUUGCGGAAGAACUAGACGAUACCGAGGCGUUGAUUGUUUGCGGCGUUGAACGAUACAGCGAAUGCAAAGGGUAUAGCAAAACUUUUCAGUGGGUAGGAAAUUACGACGACGAGACGCCUCGGGACAGUAGCGGAAGGCGAUUGACGUCUGUCGUCGCGAUCGAUGCUCUCCGUUUUACGUAUCCGCAAACGCAGUUCAAUAUAAGUAAUAUACGAAGGGAACUUAACAAGGCCUAUGUCGGAUUUGUCGGUUGCGAAAGGAGUUGCAGAACAAAUCUUCCGGCUGUUGCGACUGGGAAUUGGGGCUGCGGAGCUUUUCGGGGAAAUGCUAAGCUGAAAAGUUUGUUACAAUUGAUGGCCGCGGCUGUAGCCGGUCGAUCGAUUGUAUAUUUUACUUUCGGCGAUACAAGCUUACGAGACGAUGUUGCCGAGAUGUAUAUGCAUCUUGUGAAACAUGAAAUAAGUAUAGCUACUAUUUUCCAAUCGAUGGUACAAUACCAAGAGUAUGUAUCAAAUAGAAAUGCGGAUUUUUAUCGUUUCUUGUAUAAUCGAAUUAAGAAAGAACCGCCUGCUCAAUAUUGUCAUGAGUCAAGUAUGAAAAGUUGCUCAACCAAGCCUUUUAGGAAAAAAGAUAGUCCUAAUAAUAAAGAGAAACGCUCUUACGUGAGUAAACAUCAAGAAACAGAGGAAGAAAAAAUACAAAGCUGGUUGUGUGGCGUCGAUGGAGACGCCGAUAACGAAAGGAAAACUGAGAUUCGAAACGAAGAUGCGGUAGGAGUCUCGGAAAUGGACAGUACAAGGAAAGGCAAAGAAGAAAAUUCUGAUAGCGAUAAUUUGGAGAAGAAGAAGAAACCUUCUCUGUGGGAAUUGUUAAAUGAUACCGGAGGCGCGCAAGUUAAAACGUCCCAAGAACGUCGAUCCGCUCUUGAAUUAUUUGAUACAACGCUGGACCGUGCAUCUCAUCAAGCGGAUAAUUGUAGCCAAUCGAUUAAAGAGGAGACCUGUCAAUCAAAAUCUAUGGAUAAGCAAAGUACGCACGAGUCGCUCCAAAGUUCGAACGAAAAACGUCAGUCUUCUACAAAGAAAUCUGAACAGACAAAGAUUUCGAACUUUUUCCACCGAAUAAAUUAAAUAUUUCUUUUACCCAAACACGUUUGAAGAUAAAAUUGUAGAUAGGUGCAAUUUGUAUAUAUUGCAAUAAUGAGAAGGAAUAAAGAAGUGAUUAAUUUUGCAAA